UCUAGCAAGCGCAUUGCAGUUCCUGUUCAUGUAGAGCCCAAGGUAUAUUUCGCAAACGAGCGCACGUUCUUGAAAUGGCUCAGCUUUGCAGUGCUCAUUGGAUCCAUCGCUACGACGUUGUUAAAUUUCGUAGAUGCAGAUGAUCCCGCAGCACUAUUCACUCUAGCUGCACUACUUGCCAUCAUCUUCGUGUACCGAGCCAUUCGUCUACGGGCGCGAUCGGCGGAAGGGCUGUACUAUGAUAAGUACGGCCCGACCAUUCUUUACUUUGUGUUGUUGGCGGCGCUGGGUACCAAUAUUGGGUUGAGGGUGGCUGUUACGCUCGGCAUUGGUUAA